AUUGUGGCCGUCCUCGAGGAAUGUAGGUGCACGGAAAGAGUGAGCACUGAGUACUAGUAGCAGCGUUGUCUCUCUCCAAAGUCAUUGACGCUCGCUCUUCUCUGGGAAGAGGCGGUGGUAUCGUCGCAAGGAGUCGUCGCAUACCAAGACCAACUCCUCGUCUCCUCGUCGACAACCCCGAGAGGUCGUCACCCGUCAUCACACCAUGGUCGCGUUCGGACUCCGGCUCGUGGCGUCCUUGGCCGUCUCGGCGGGCGUUGCCCUUGCGGCGCCUCCGUCCGACCGGCUGCUGGUCGACCGGGCCCAGGGCGUGCUGCCGAGCAAGGACCCCUGGUACGCCGUGCCGGGCGGCCUCGACGCCAUCAAACCGGGGACUAUCCUCAAGCACCGGGCGCCGCCCAAGCCCAUCGCGGCGUUUGGGCUGCUCCCCGUGAACCUCGAGGCGUCUUAUCAGAUCCUAUACCGCACGACGGACAGUCUAGGCAACGCGACCGCAACGGCCGUGACCGUCAUGGUGCCGCACAGCGCCGACUACACAAAGGUCCUGUCGUACCAGGUCGCCGAGGACUCGGCCACCAUCAACUGCGCGCCAUCCUAUGCGUUCCAGUUCGACCACGCCAAGGGCCCGGACAUGGGCACCAUGGUGACCGAGGCGGAGCUGCUGCUUGUCGAGGCCGCCCUCGAAAGGGGGUGGGUUGUCAUUGCGCCCGACUUCCUCGGCCCCAAGGGCGCCUUCUUGGCCAACGCUCUGGCCGGCUACGCGACGCUCGACGGGAUCCGCGCGGCCAUCAACUCCCAUUCCUUCACGGGCAUCAGCACGAAUCCGACGGUCACCAUGUGGGGUUAUUCGGGCGGCAGCCUCGCCUCGCUCUGGGCCGCGGAGCUGCAGCCGACGUACGCCCCGGAGCUCAAGAUUGCGGGCGCGGCCGUGGGCGGGACGGUGCCCAACAUCACGACGGUGGUGACGAGCAUCAACGGCAAGGGGUCCGCGGGGCUGAUCCCGACGGGCGUCGUCGGGCUGAUGAACCAGUACCCGGAGCUGGUGCCGGUCGUGGAGCAGCACCUGCUGCCGCAGUACCGCGACGAGUUCUUCAAGGUGCGCGGGCAGUGCCUGGCGGCCAACUCGAAGCAGUUUGAGAACAAGGACAUUGUGGGCAUGUUUGACGACCGGAACCUCGUGUACACGAACCCGACGGCGGUGCGCAUCAUCGAGGAGAACGCCCAGGGCAUCACGGGGACGCCACGCAUCCCGCUCUUCAUCUAUAAGUCGGUCAAGGACGAGAUCAGCCCCAUCGGCGAGACGGACGCGCUCGUCGACAAGUGGUGCGCCGGCGGCACGCCCAUCGAGUACCAGCGCGACAGGGAGUCAGACCACGAGAAGCUGGCCAUUCUGGCGGCGCCCAAGGCGCUGUCGUGGCUCAUCGAUACGAUGAACGGGCGGAACCGCAACACGCAAUGCGAGACCCGCACCGUCUUCUCCUCCCUGCUGGAUCCGGCCGUGAUUGGGGUGCUGCCCAAGUUUCUCAUUGACGCGCUGCUGGACUUGCUUGGGAAGCCCGUCGGACCAUUGAUCGGAUGAAGCUGUACAUAACGGUCGUGCGACGUCGUGUUCGUGCGUAUUGACGAUUG